UUUCCUCACACACUCUCACUCCCACACACAUAAAGCCAGCCUCUAACAAAAGGCACCAGUAGCUCAGAAAAAGACAGCUUGCAGAGCUGAGAGGAGGCAAUGAGAGGCAGGGUGUGGUUUCCCACAGCAGGGCUGCUGGUUUGGCUGUGCUGCCUCAACGCAGGGUCUGUUCAGGCGGGGAAGGUGGUGGCUCUGCCUGUGGAUGGAAGCCACUGGCUCAGCAUGAAGAUACUGGUGAAGGAGCUGACCCGCAGGGGCCACGAGGUCACGGUGCUGGUGCCUGAAAGCAGCCUGUUGAUCAAAGGUUCAGACAGCUACAAGACAGAGAUCUACCCGGUGCCGUACACCCAAGCUGAACUGGAUUCGAUUUUAAACAGUUUCAGGGAAGGCGUUUUCGAAAAACACCCGGGAAUUAUGGAUUUGUUUGCCAAUGUUGAUCGUUUGGUGAACUUUACUUCCAUUCAAGUGACAGCUUGCGAGUCUUUGCUGGACAACGAGCCUUUGAUGCGUCAACUAAAGAACGAAGGGUUCGACAUCCUGCUCACAGACCCUUUCCUUCCCUGUGGCUCUGUCCUGGCUAAGAUACUGUCCAUCCCAGCCGUUUAUUUCCUGCGUGGACUCCCAUGUGAGCUGGACGUGAAGGCUAACCAGUGCCCCUCUCCACCUUCCUAUGUCCCUAAGUUUUUUUCCGGUAACACUGACCGCAUGGACUUCCCACAGAGGGUGAACAACAUGUUGAUGUUCUCUUUAGAGUCCUACUUGUGCACUGUGUUGUAUAAGCCCUUCGAUGGUCUGACAGGCAGGCUCUUUGACAUGACUUAUAAAGAACUUAUAAGCGAGGGGGCUAUCUGGCUCCUCAGACAUGACUUUACUUUUGAAUGGCCUAAACCUCUCAUGCCUAACAUGAUUUUGAUUGGAGGGAUCAACUGUGCAAAGAAAGCUCCUCUGCCAGCGGAUUUGAAGGAGUUUGUGGAAGGCUCGGGAGACGAUGGCUUUAUUGUCUUUACACUGGGUUCAUAUGUGGCCAGCAUGCCAGAAGAAAAAGCUAAAAUGUUUUUAGAUGCUUUCCGACAAAUACCUCAGCGGGUCGUGUGGAGAUACACAGGUGUGCUACCCAAAGAUAUACCCAAGAAUGUCAGAAUUCUGAAAUGGUUACCUCAGAACGAUCUCCUGGCCCACCCCAACGCUAAAGUCUUCAUGACUCAUGGAGGUACCCAYGGUAUAUAUGAAGGUAUCUGUAACGCCGUGCCCAUGUUGAUGUUCCCACUUUUCGGAGACCAGAGAGACAAUGUUCAUCGAAUGGUGGCCCGGGGUGUUGCUGAGGAGAUGAGCAUCUUUGAAGUGACAACAGAAAAACUGGUGGCUGCCCUGAGCAGAAUGAUCCAAGACAAAAGUUAUAAGGAGCGGGUUGUGGAGCUGUCCCAGAUCCACCUGGACCGCCCUGUUGAGCCUUUGGACCUGGCUGUUUUCUGGACCGAGUUUGUAAUAAGACACAAGGGAGCGCCACAUCUGAGGGUGGCYGCACAUGACUUGAACUGGGUUCAGUACCACAGCCUGGACGUCGUCGGCUUUUUACUCACGGUUCUUGUCGUCACUUUGUGGGUGAUGCUGAAGUCCUGCCARUUUUGCACUCGCAAAUUUUGUGGGAAGAAAACUACAAAGAAAAAAUCUGAAUAGCACCUGACAAAAGAAAGUAUUAAAAUACUGCUGUGAAGUCUGGUGUACUGUAAAUGUGUUAACUGUGUGUAUCUCAGCCAUUUCCUCUUUUGGCCAUAACAAACAUAAAAACUAGCUCAUUAAAAAGUUUACAACAGUAAAAUUCA